AUUAAGUUGUAGUGUGAUAUAAAUAUUUAUAUGCAAUUUUUUCAAAUUAAUCGUAAAUAUUUUUUAGAAAUGUUGAAUCAUUGAAGAAUUUUAUUUGUAAAAAUAAUGAAAAUUAACUCAGAAGUGUUGUAAUUCAACAUAUAAGAAGGUGCUGAAAAAUCACGUGUAUAUAAGGAUGCAUUUGAGAAUUAUAUCUAAAUAACUCUAGGUUAUAUAUAGUUUACAUAUUGCAUAACUUAUGUGUAAACCAAUAUAAUUCUGAAUAUAUUCCAGAGGAUUAAAGGAGGAUAUUAAAAAAAGACUGAUUGUUGCCCAAAAACUGUAAGUAAAAGGAAGUGUUUCUUUUAUUUUCAAGAAGAUUCUGGCCAUUAUUGAUCUUAUUAAGAAGACAGAAUUAAGAGCACGAAAAGAAAGGAUUAUUAUAUUCCUGCAUGCAACAUUGUACUCCUUGAGAGAUAUAUUUUUCUUUUUAUUGAAUAUAAUUAUUUACCAAGACCUUCUUGUCAGUAUGCUCACUAUAUCGAGAAGUUUAUGUCAAAAGAAUCUUCAGCAGGCAACAACUGGUCAUUUUGUUAUUUGCUUUAUGAGAAGUUGUCAUCGUGCCUGGCCAUACAAGAGAUUUCUUAUUCAAGAUAAAGUUGACUGUGGAGCACCGCGAUACUUAAAAUUACAAAAAUGUGAUUUUCGCACUACCCAGAAUUUGUUUGUUCCACCGUUAUUAGCUUUGAUCUUGCGUCCUGUCUUACGCAUCAGUUCGUUAUUGAUGGGACGUAGUAUGAAAAGAUGGUGGACACGUAAAUCUGAGCAGGAGAAGGAGGAAUAUAAACAGUGGUUUAGGGGAAAAAGUAAUGUAUUUCUAAGUUGUUUCGGAGUAUAUGUUCUUAUAUUGGCUACUUAUUAUAUAACUCAUCUUGAAACUAAUCCAUUGACAAAACGUACAAGAUUUAUAAUUUUUAAUCAGGAACAAGAAAAAAAACUGGGAAAAAUGGUUCUUGAAGCUCAUUUAGAAGUUCAUAAAAAUAAUUUAGUACCACAUGAUCAUCCAGCUUACAAGAGACUCAUAAAGGUGAUUGAAAAAAUUUUUACAGCUAAUAAAGAUUUAAAAUCGAUGAGAGAUGUACAAUGGACUUUAACUGUUAUUAGUACACCAUUAUCAAACUCUUAUAUUUUACCGGGUGGAAAUAUUUUUGUGUCUUUAGACAUUUUAAAAAUUACCGAAAAUGAUGACCAAUUAGGUAUUGUUUUGGCGCAUGAAAUGGCUCAUUCGUUGUUAUUACAUUCACUUGAAGUACUAUCGGAUCAACUACUGUGGGACUUUUUAAUAGCAAUACCCAUAUUAUUAAUUUGGGCAUUAUUUCCUGACUUCUCAGCUGCUAUAAUUCACUUUAUAGGAGAACGAAUUGUGAAUGUCAUGUACAAUCUUCCAUUAAGUAGAAUUUUGGAGAAUGAAGCUGAUGAAGUAGGACUUAAACUAGCUGCAAAAGCUUGUAUCGAUAUUCGUGAAGCUGUUGUAUUUUGGGCUACAAUGAGAACUCUUACAGAAAUGCAUACAUUGCCUCCAGAAUUACCAUGGAUAUCUACACACCCUGCUCAUGGGGACAGAGAAAAGAGAUUGAACGAAAUAAUGGCAAAAACAUUAGAAUUGCGAAAGGAAUCAGGGUGUCCAGUGUUGCCAAGAGUAGAUCCAAGAGAUGAGUUUUACAAACGAUCGAUAAAAGAAAAGGAGUUUUAUUUCAAACAGAGAGGGAUAAUUUAAGAUUAAACUUAGAAAACCAAUUAUUUUGUUAUUGUACUUAAAGAACUUAAUUUUAUCUUAGUUAUUAAGUUAUUAAAAUAUCUUUAUGCUGUAAAUUAAAACAAUGUAUUUUUAUGUAAUUAUAUAAAGUAAUAAAUAAAUAAAUAUAUAAAUAUAUACAUGUACACAUAUAUCCAUUCUUAAGGGUUUAUAGUAGUCAGUCAGAAGAGUAAAAAAAGGAAUUUUUGUGAA